AUGUGGGAAGACAUGAAAAUUGCCCACCCCAGAGUCAAGUACCACAAGGAGAAAACAUGUAUCAGUAUUAUUCACACUCUGUCAGUUAAAAGCAACGGACACACAAAUCAAACUGGCUUGAACACACUAAAUAAUAAUUUCAGUUCAGCCGCUCAGUCAUGUCCAACUGUUUGUGACCCCAUGGACUGCAGCACGCCAGGCUUCCCUGUCCAUCACCAACUCCUGGAGCUUGCUCAAACUCAUGUUCAUCGCGUCAGUGAUGCCAUCCAACCAUGUCAUUCUCUGUUGUCCCCUCCUCCUGAUUUCAAUCUUUCCCAGCAUCAGAGUAUUUUCCAAUGA